GUGGGUCCCCCACGCAUGCUCUUAAUAUCCCAAUCCAACGGCGACUUUCACCCACCGCAAUACGCGUAAAGCUUUUCUCCCACCUCCAAAUUCAAUCCAACGGCUCACAUUCAUCCUUCCUUCACACUCUCCAACAAACCCCCAAAAAAAAAAAAACUACCACAAAAUCAAACCACACCCACUCUAGAUCCCCUCUAUCAUCCUCUCUUUUUUCCAUUUCUCUAUACACCUGCAUAAGAAAUUAAAGAUCUUUCGAGCUUCCUUUUGUCAACAAAGCUUCGAUCGUUUUUGAUUUUGUGCCAAUUUUGAUAUCGAUUUACGUGUUGGGGAUUAUCAUAUGAUUUGAUUUUAAAGUAGAAAAACAAGAUGCCUUGGACGGCUUUGGGUGUUAAUUACUUCGGAAAGUGUUUGCCAUUGGUGGUGUUCUUUCGUGUUAUCCUGUAAACUCAGAUUUCUUAGGGUAUAAAGUUUUUUGGUUUUUUAGUGGUGUGACAAAUUUUUUAUUUGUUAUUAAAUACUGGGUGGAGGACUGAGAAUGUUCAUUGGUGUUGCACAAAAGAGAAUUCGAGUUUUAAAGGAAUUUGGUAAGAUUAAAAUGAGUGUUGGGGUCAUUGCUUACUACAAUUUGAUGCAAGUUUGUCAGGCUGAAUACUUUCGUCAGUUGCUUAAGCCCAUUACGUAGUCUGUUACCCUUGAAGUUUUCGGGAUAUAGACAGGUGUCACCUUCUCAUUGGUUGUUUUUUUAAUUAGAAGAGAGUGAAAAAGAUUUGUCUCUUGGCUACUAGUAAACUAAAUUUCGUUUAUAAAUAUUCACGAAAAAUGGAAAUAACUUAAGAGCAUCAUUUGCUCUUUCCACAUUGCUUUUAAAAUUCUUUUCUUAAAUUAAAAAAAAAAAAAAAACCCGAAAAGAGAAAAAAUAGUAAAAAUGCAAAGCGACCAACACCACUUACUCCCUUUUCCUAAUCCUCCUCCAUUCACAUCAUUCUUUGGUCAAAAUGUUGACUUCGGUCAAAAUGUUGACUUUCAACCCUCGAAAAUCUGCCCGAGAAAUUUCAUUAUCUUUGACCGGACCGAUAACCGUAGUCAGAUAAUGUACCACCCGUCGGUUCCCGUUCCCGCACCGGGUUACAUCCAUGUUACGCGAAAUGACGAAAAUGCCUCUAGAGAAGUUGAGUCUAUUAUGAAAGAAGAUUCAGCGGAUAUCGAUAUAUUAAUGAGUUUUGAAGACGAAGAAGAUGAAGGGGAAGAAGGGUAUGAAGAGGAGGAGGAAGUUAGUACUGCCCGAACGCAUGGAAAUGACGAAAUUGACACUGCGGAUUCUUGCUCUUCGAGGCUGCCCGGAAAGGGCUCGGGCAGGGGCAGGGGCAGCGGGCUUGGUUUAUCGAUGGCUUCGUGUAAAUCGAGUGGUGUUAGCGACAGAAAGCGUCGCGAAAUGAAGAAGAUGGUGGAUUCAUUGAGAGGAAUUGUGCCGAAUAGUAAAAGAAUGAGUACUGUUGAUGUGCUUGAUGAAGCUGUCAAGUACUUAAAAACACUUAAAGUUGAAUUGCAGAAUGUAAGCGUCGUGAAUAUGAAAAAUUGAAGUGGAUUAAGGCGUUGCGAAUAAGUUGAAGAAUCGAAGGUUGUUGAAGUGUUGGGAAUAAGUCAGAUGUUUUGGGUAUGUAUUUUGUUGAAUGGUACGUUUACUUGGUUUCUUUUUUGGUGAAAGUGAGCAUGAAUUGUUAUGUUGUUGUGUUGUUGCUUAUAAAUGGUUGUUUGGGUUAA